AUGAGGAACUCUAUGAGGGACCCGGAGAGCAUCAGCAGGGACUUUGCGAACUACCGGAACCCUCUACGAUUCAGCUCGUCUUCACGGACCAGCUUUACGGUGGAGUGGUCGAAGGUGAAACUGAGGGGCAGUGGCGAGGGCGGCAGAUUCAGCUUCAUGGUGACGCUAUUCAAAGAUGGCCGGAUUGCCUACUUCUACAAAGAGAUCCCUACGCCAGUGGAGAGAAUAGACGACUCGUCUUAUCCCGUGAGAGUUGGCAUAUCAGACGCUUAUACAGUGGAUGUACUGUUAUAUCCAAGUGCAAAUGGCCACAGAAAGACGAUCUACGAGUACAACACGAUCGACUUGGAUUUGGCCAAAGUCAAGAAUGGAUCUUCGUUCCUCCUGUCACCGCUCCCGACCUGCACGCAGUUCUCUGAUUGCCAGAGCUGCAUCAGCGCCAGUAUAGGGUUCGAGUGUAGGUGGUGCAGAUCGUUACGCAGAUGCUCGGAUGGUGGAAAGGACCGUAACAAACAGCAAUGGGUAGAUGCCCGCUGUGACGACCAGUCUAAACGCAUGGUUUGUGAGGCUCCGAAAGUGGCAACAACAACAGCGCCUACCCCGCCUGAACUGCUGCUGGAUGGGUCACUCAUCGCCCAGGACAACCUGACAGACACGAUGACGAGACCGGAAUCUGCUCACCUGCCUCCUCAAGAGACCACGCCCAAGUCCUCCAGCAGGCAGAAGACUGUGCGCAACUUUCUCGACAACGGACCUUUCCCGGUGGAGGUGGAAGUCGAAGGUAACGCGAAAGAAAAUAAGAAUAAGAGGAAAAGGACUUCUGUGAAGACGCGGUAUCUUGAGACAGAAGUCAUCAUCGGUAUAUUGAUCGCCGUGGUUGUCUUAGUGAUCGCCAUCGCCUGGAUCAUCCAUGCAUAUUCCAGGAGAUCCUCUCCGGAGCUGGUCGUUGUAGAGUGGCGUGGUCCAGAUGUGGUAAAACCGGAGGUUUGAAGAGCUUCUCACAGUCUUAAGUUAAGUCUGUUGACAUCUUUGGGGAAGAUCUUCAAGAGUUUCAUCCCUACAACACCUGGAUCCUCCAGGGACAACAGGAAUCCUACGAAAAGUUGUUUUCAGGUGUCUUCUUCAACACUUGAUUGUGGCCUUUGUCCAAGUGUUAGUAAGACUGUUAUACUUGUAACAAUGAUAUCGCAGAUAGGCAGAAGCAGAACUUUCGGGCAUCAAAACGAAGACUGUACACUUAUUAUCUAUCCCUACAGGGCCAAUUGGUCUUGAUCACUAGCGUUGUAAUCUAUUGAUCUUUUUCUAAAUAGAUGGGAACCUGUAUUUCAAUUUGGGA